AUGGGGGCGACGUUGGACGCGGAGAUGUUCGUCAUGAGGUCCGCACCCUUCCUGAUGAAGAGCCAGGGCCUGCUGACCAACCCGGAGCACGUGCUCGGAAUUGAAAAUGCCGACUCGCAGUGCAGCUGCCUGACCAAAUGUCUGGCGCGGGAGGACUGCCUGGGGUACAGCUUCGAGCCGGACACGAGCAACUGCACGCUGAACGCGGUGCGCGGUAACCACGGCACCACGGAGCAGCGGGACGGCGUGGUGUUCCAGUACCGGAGCCAGAUGGCCCUCAUCGGUGAUUGGUGCAAAGCAGACUCCGACUGCGGCAGUCUGACCAAUGGCGUGGCGAUCUGCCGGUCCAACACCUGCGUUUGCCCCGAAGGCCAAUACCCUCAAAGCAGGUCGGAGUGUGGGCUCGUGCCGACCACGACCGCUGCCCCUGAGACCAACUCGACCGAAGUCAACGGAACAUCGUCCGGUGUACCGACCGAACCAUCGGCUGGACCAUCGGCCGGACCAUCGGCCGGACCAUCGGCCGAACCAUCGGCUGGAUCAUCGGCCGAACCAUCGGCCGGAUCGUCGACCGGAUCAUCGGCCGGAUCAUCGGUCGGAUCAUCGGCUGAACCAUCGGCGGGAUCAUCGGCCGGAUCAUCGGCCGGAUCAUCUCCAGCGGAAUCCACCACGACGACCUCGUCCGCCGGGACCAGCACCAAAGGCCCGGAGACGACGACCACAAGCUGUCCUCCCUUCUCUACUCCGGCGCCACUGGUCUGCGAGGAUGAGGGCACUGGCCGGAAUGGCACGAUCAAGUCGCCCCACUACCCGGACUACUACCCCGCGAACAUGACCAUCCAGUGGACUCUCAUCACCGAGCCCGGCCAGAUCAUCGUCCUGAACAUCGUGGACGUGCAUCUGGAUCCAGGAGAUGAGUGCGGCGAUACGUUAUGGAUACAUGACGGCACCUCUAUGUACCAGACCCCUCUGGAUAUUUUCUGUGGCAGCGAAGUUUGUCCACAACGUGGGAUUUCCUCCUCGGGCAAUGCGAUCACGAUUUUACUCUUCACGGACAACUCAACUUCCGGCCGUGGCUUCCACAUCGACUGGAGCACCUGCGACGCCGGAUGCGCAAGCGAUGAACAAAACGCUGGCAACGUCGCGUCGUACGGCUACUGGGACGUCCUUGAUUCGGUCUUGGUGGUCCUCGCUGGCCGUGGCAUGGGCCUGACUCUUGCGUUCGAUUAUUUUGAACUUGCGGAAGCCAGCCCGGAUUCAAAGUGCAGCGAUUACGUGGAAAUCCGGUCAGAAGGCGGGCCGGUCUCCGACGGUAAGUAG